AUGCAAUAUGACAGGGAGAGUGGCCAGGUGUACACCCAAGAGGUGAUUCGAGUUGCGCCGUCGUCUCGCAGGUGGAAGGGGUUCGCAUGGGUUCACGACUCUCCAUUACUGCCUGCGGGAUGGGAGGCGUAUAGCCCCGUUGGCGCGCAUUCCCUAAAGCAUAUGGCCAUGAGAGCCGUUUUGUCUGACCAACGCACCCUGAGCACCGCGCACUUUAAAGGUGUCCCAUGGUCGAUUGCAAGGUACCUCUGGGAGUGUGUAUGUCGAAGCAAACGAACAAGCCUGUACUUAUGGAAGAUCUUUGCAACAGCUUACCCUGCAGAAUUUAACCAGAUAUCCCAUCGCUAUUUACUCAAGCCAAGCUCCAAGAAGAUGGCAGUCACCAAUUACCUGAAGCUUCUAUCUUCAGCAUCAGUGGACUGGACAGCCGUUGUAAGCCUAUCAGUCGAACUUUUCGAGCCUCAUGAGUUCCUUGAGGUUGCCAAUGUCCGCAAUCUAAUUGGCCUGGAAAUCCGCACCCAGCCCAAACGGACGGAGUUCGGAUAUGAAGCCACCGUCUCCGUAUCUGAUCGAGUCAUUAAAGGAUGGAGUGAACAGGCGCUCACUGGUCAAGCCUUUGAACACCUCCAGAUUUUGGUCCUCCGCCUCCAAACUGGCUUGACUGAACACAUGUUUGCCUAUCUUAAUGCAUUCCCAACACUGAACGCGUUCCUUAUGCAAGGCUGCCCGAGAUUGUACAGUAAAGAGGCAAGAGAAAUGGCAGAAAAGCAUGGUUGGGUACCCUUCGUCGUCCAUUAUUCAGAUCAUAGUCUUUAUAAGAUUAUAGAGAAUAUGGAUAGCGAGCUAGAAUCCCAAACACAGGACUGCCGUCUGAUGUGUAUCGACAGCUUGCCAGUCGUGGACUUUUCUCUUUAUUGCCGCAACCUGAGGUCCCUCCAUUCAGAGGAACAGAUACUUUUCAGGAGAAAGUACCGGGCCACAGACCAUCUGAGUCUCCAGGAGAAAAAAGCCCAGAAAACUCAUAACGGCUCAGAUAUAGCCCCGUCUCAGCCUGACUCGAAACAGAACAAGCGAGUAGUAAAGGAGAGCUGUAAAAAAGACAUGAAAGGCCUCCUUGACCAAUUUAAUGGCAAGAACACACAGCCAGCGGCGGGAGAAGCAGGUCAAGAAGCUGUCAUUUCGCCUCGGUUAAGCUCUGAUUCACGGUCGUCGUCUUCUCGGAGCUCCUCGUUGCGGCGAGAGCCCGCAAAACUGUCCCACCGCCAGAGUCUUGGUGACUCCCUCAGAGGCGUCCCGUCUUCGCCUCGAGCCCGUCGGCAACCUUCAUUCACUCAAGCUGCAGUCCAGAGCCUGAUAGAUAACCCGCCCUCGCAUGCAGCUGCCGAUCCAGCUUUCUCUGGUCGAGAUUGGACGAAGAUUUCAAUUGGUGAAUUGGUGCAGCCUGUUGAUCUAAAGUUUGUGGACGCAGACACCUCGAUUGAAGAUGCUACGAAUCUUCUCAUCGAGUCUAGUGCGCACUCACUGCUUAUCCGAGAAUCUCCUGGCUCCUCUACUGCAGUCGGUACAUUCGGCUAUGCUGACCUUAAUGCAUACCUCCUUCUCGUUGUGGGAUUGAUACAGCCAAGUCAUGAAGAACAGGUGGCGUCUCUGCGCGAGCUCGCCAGGAGAGCAAGGGAAGGGGAGAAAAUCCCGCUCAAGGACGUCAAGGGACUUGGAAUGCAAGAACCCCUCACAACUAUGCCGCAGUCUACCAACCUAAUGACUGCUGUUGAAACAUUUGGAGGAGGUGUGCAUCGCAUCAUUGUGGUGAAGGAAGGCACUACAGAGGUAAUUGGAGUGUUUACUCAAUGGAAACUGGUCAAGUUCCUUUGGGAGAACGGGCGUAGUUUCCCGGUUAUUGAGCAAUUAUACCCGCAACAUCUGAGAGAGCUGAGGCUAGGCUCGCACUGUGUGAUAUCAAUCAAGUUAGUACUAUUUCUAGUCCAAGAUAGCACACUUUCCCUAAUCUUCGUGGGCUAA